AUGUCUUCAGCAUUAUUCGAUCUUAUUCUUCUUUGGUCACCUCAAGAAUCUGAUGCUGAAUAUGUUGAAUUACAAAAUUUAUUAAAAACUGAAUUUCCUACUGAAUUUAUUAUUCAUUCAUUUACAACAUCACAACAAGCUAUUAAACAUGUACUAGCAAUAAAAAAUCCUUCUCGUCUAUCAAUUAUUAUUACAAAAUUAGGUAUGAAUGAUGAAAAUUCAGGUCAAAUAUUAAUCGAAACAAUUCGUCAUCAAGACAAACAUACUUUUAUUAUAAUUCAUUCACAUACAGCUUGUGCUGAUCCUAAUAUUCGGUGGUCUCUUGCUAGUCUUGGUGUUAAUAUGGUUACAGAAUCUAUUACACAAAUUCGUAACGUUUUACAUCAAAUACUUCCAUUAGGUCAAUUGAAUUCUGAAUCAAAAUAUACAUGUCCAUAUUGUAAAUGGUCAUCAUUUUCAUUUUCACAACUUUAUAUUCAUGUACCACUUUAUCAUACAAAUGAACAAGAACUUUCAACAAAAUGUCAAAUAUGUCAACGAUCAACACGUAAUUAUGCUGUACAUUUACAUGAAGAACAUAAUGAAGAACAUCGACAACGACCAACACCUACACCUUUAUAUGCAUUUUCAUUAGUUGUAUGUCAACGUAAAUGUGAUAAUCGUUUUCUUGUUGUUCAAGAAUCAGGUUCAAUGGGUUUUUGGUUACCUGGUGGUCGUGUUGAAAUUGGUGAACAACUUGAUAAAGCAGCUGAACGUGAAACAUUAGAAGAAGCCGGUGUUAAAAUACGAUUAACUGGAAUAUUAAAAAUUGAAUUUGUACCACGAACUGAUAUAAAUCGUCUUCGUGUAAUUUUUUUUGCUGAACCAUUUGAUGAGAAUGAUUGUGAACCAAAAAGUAUACCUGAUUAUGAAAGUUAUGGAGCUAUGUGGUUAACAUAUGAACAAACAGUUCAAUGUAGCACACAAGGUCAAUUACGUGGAAAUGAACCAUUAAAAUGGUUUAAAUAUGUUGUACAAAAUGGAAUUAUACAUCCGUUAAGUGUACUUUCAAAAACUGAACUUUAA